AUGGAUCCUGUAUCACUUAUUCUUGGCAUAACACCUCUUUGUAUAAGCGCCAUAAAAGGUAUCAAAGCAGCCAAGGCCACACUGAAAACACUGCGACAUUCCAAGUCGGAGCUCAAAAGGAUAAGGAAAAAGUUUACAAAGGAAACACAUGUAUUCCUCGACGAAUGCCAUCUCCUACUGCAGGAGAUUGUCGACCCCGCUGAUGUCGUUUUCAUGAUAGAGGAGCCAGACAAUCCCUUGUGGUCUUCGGCUCAGCUAGACGAGCAGAUCAAGACGUAUCUUGGCAGGAGGCACGAUGAUUUCAAGGAUGUGAUGCAAGACAUUCACGAUAUCAUCAUGUCUCUUGACAAGGAAUUGAGUCUCGUGUCUUUCGAAACAACAGAGACUACUACAACUCAACGUAUCAAAGGAGCUAUUGAUGUGACACAGCAUAAAUCGAAAUGGCUGGCAAAGAUUGAAAACAUCAACGAGCUCAAUCAAGAUUUGAAGAGGCUACGCAAGACGGCCAAGCAGAUUCAGCAAGCAAAGCCAAGAAUUCAGAAACACGAGACGAGGCAGAUACCGACAUAUUAUGAACACUUGUCGCCAUACACUCGAUCCUUUUACCAAGCCUUGACGCAAAACUGGUCUUGUUCUCAGUCGAGACAUGUUUAUCACGACCUGGCUCUGUUCCUAGGUCAAGCUGGAGAAACAGUCGACUUUCUGAUGCGCAACCGAUCAGUAUCGGGCUUCAAAACCACUACCGAUACGGUCAAGCUAAACGUCAUGUCCCAAAAGAUAGCGGAUCGUCUCCAAGCACCAUUGACACCAUGUUCAAGCGUGGCGUCUCUGUCUUCUUGCGAUGCUCCGCGGCCCAGCAAGAGAUUGAGAGUGAAGGAUGUCGACGAAGUCUCGCAAGCAUCAACGCUCACGGCCAAUACAAUAACCAUAAUCGAACCAAGUCUGACCUGUCAAUGUGCUCCCUUGGACCUGUCCCAAGCAGAAGAUGUGUGCGGCACCAUCUCCCAAAAGACAAACACGCUAACGCUUCCUACUGCAUCCGUACUGUAUAUUGAUGAUGAGACUGGUUUUCGGCAUGUGCUUGGGCAUGGAACCGAUACCUGGCCAAGUGUGACCCUUUCCAACCAAAGCUCAUUUCCUCUCCACACCGUCUUGCAACAAUCAAUCGCCAAUAACUUGUCUAUACCUGACCAGCUUCGACUUGCAUUGGCACUGGCCCGCGGCAUGCUCCUCUUUAAUCCAAGUCCAUGGUGGCAAUCGUACUGGAGCCUCGAAAACAUCUACUACUUUCCGAGCAACAAUGACGAUACAGACCUGGCCACAAGUCUGCAGACUCUACAUUUGAGCGCCCAGAUUAAUUCGACCACGGCAGUGAGAGACGAGUCCUACAUGCACGAAAAGCUCAGUCCCGCUGAACCUCAAGAUGGCAGCGACGAGGCCCAGCUGCUCUACGGAAUCCGCAACCUGGCGCUCUACAGCCUCGGCGUCGCCCUGCUGCAGAUUGACCGAUGGAGCAGCGCAAUGAGCGCCGACGACGUCGUCGCCAUCCGGAGACUGGCGCGCCAGACGUCGCGGAUGGGACCCAGAUUCCAAGAGGUUGUGCGCAAGUGUAUCGACUGCGAUUUCGGGCAAGGCGGUGACCUGGAGAAACCGACGUUGCGCAAUGCCGUGUAUGGUUCGGUCAUUUGUGAGAUUGAAGAUCUUGUUGCACGGAUUUGCGAAAAGUGA